AAAAUGUGUCCAGAUUAACACAAGUGUUUGUCUGUGAAUGCUGGGAGUUGUGAAGCUGAUUUGAGUACUUGUGUUUAAAAUCAUCCCUAUUAAGCCAUGUUUAAUGUGUGUUUAAUGUGUGUUUUUAAUCAACUAAAUUUCACAGCACUUCACAGAAACCUCUGCCACCGACUUGUGUUUUGGAGGUGUAACUGCAGAGUGACACGGACACACCACCACAGAAGUAGAAAUAUUCACAACAGCAUAGACGAAGUGCAUAUACAAGGUCUACGCACAACCAUAAAUCCCCUUUCAGCGCUUGAUCUCUGCUGUAAAUCACGUUAUUUUAAAAAUCUCAUUACUUGGCAGUGGUUGGAAAGUGUAAAUUAUGAGGUUUCUGUCAAUUUUUUUUUUUCACGCUUGGAUGAUAAAAACACUCGUGGAGACAUUAUUCCAAAUAAAUGACAUAUCUAUCAAAAUCCUGCUGAGCUCCACUGGCGCAGGUUUCAUCGAAGAGGCCCCGCCUUCACCUCCAGCAAAUCGUGUGCAAAGCGUGUGGGAGUUUUUACCAGCUGAGGGUCCACAUGUGGAUCUUUCUGAAAGACGGACUCAGUCCUCGGUGAAAUCAGGAAAGAUCCUUGACAUUGGAACAGUCCUUCGGCGGGGGUUGCUGACGUAGCAUCCUUCAAAGUCGGUUGUUUGAGGAUCCUUCCAAAACCAUACAGUAACCAACCCUGCAGUAUAAAACACCGGCUCUCCUCUUCAGUCCUUGUCAGAUCAUUGUGUCUAUCACUGUGGAUCACUGCCUACCUAUCUGCCAGCCAGUUUGACCUUCUGCCACGCUCCCAGUCACCCACACCCCUCCAACCUUGUUUUGCUUCCCUGCCAUCAGCUUCCAUCCCCUGUAUUUUUCCUUACGGCCACAUUCAUUAUCCUGAAACAGUUUCUCCGUCCAUCAUCCACCAUCUGCCCGAUUCCAUGUGAACACAGCAUGCACACACACAUAGGCUAUAUACAGUUUGGCAAUAAAAGAGGUUCACUCUGAGCGAAGUUUUGGAUAUGUGGGAUCUUGUUGAUGGUCCAGACCAUGUGUACAACCUAACAGUUGUCCCUCAAAAUAAAAAAAAUGCGGCCUCAGUGAUUGUGACAGCGAUGGGUCAGAUAUAGACUAUGAGGGGGAGACAGGUUAUUUGCCAGUCAGGCUUUUAAAUUCAUAUGUUGAACUUACACAAACAGAUCACGACAGGAACAACUUUAUCAGUGAUUAUAACCCAUGACCUCCCCCUCCAGCUGAUUCUAAAUCUGACCAUCAAAGUGGUCCCGGGUGAGGAACCAGACUAAGAGCGAUUCAAAGACCUCGAUGAAACCUUGCCUGGUAUGGGGACACCGGGGCCUCCUCCUGGAGCCAGACCCAGGAGGAGAGCUCACCAGCAAGCAUCUGGUGGCCGGACCUUAGACCAUGGGGCCCAUUUGGACUCAGCCCGAAGAGACAACAUGGAGCCGUCACCCACCACCCGCAGGGACAGCAAUCAGGGUCGGGUGCAUUGUGUGCCGGGCGGCAGGCAGGGGCAGGGCCCCUGGCGUGCCAAUCCCUGGCGUCGCAGACUGGCUUGUGGAGCGUGGAAUGUCACCUCUCUGGUGGGGAAGGAGCCAGAGCUCGUGCGGGAGGUGGAGUGGUACCGACUAGAUAUAGUUGGGCUCACCUUCAUGCACAGCACUGGUUCUGGAACCAAACUCCUGGAGAGGGGCUGGACUCUCGCUUUUUCCGGAAUUGCUCAGGGUGAGAGGUGCUGGGUGAGUGUGGGUAUACUCACAAACCCCUGGCUGAGCGCCGCCGUGUUGGGGUUCUCCCUGGAGAAUGAGAGGGUCGUCUCGAUGCGACCGUGGGUUGCAAAGAGAAGGUCUCUGACUGUUGUUUGUGCUUAUGCACCGAAUGGCAGUGUGGAGUACCCGGCCUUCUUGGAGUCUCUUGGGGGCGUCCUGCCAGGGGUGCCAGCUGGGGACUCCAUAGUUCUCCUGGGGGACUUCAACGCUCACGUGGGCAAUGACGGAGAAACCUGGAGGGGGGUGAUUGGGAGGAACAGCCUGCCUGUUCUGAACCCGAGUGGUGCUUUGUUAUUGGACUUCUGUGCGAGUCAUGGACUGGCCAUAAAGAACACCAUGUUCGAGCCCAGGGAGGUUCAUAAGUGUACCUGGUACCAGAACACCCUCGGCCAAAGAUCAAUGAUCGAUCUUGUGGUCGUAUCAGCAGAUCUGCGGCCGUGUGUCUUGGACAUUCAGGUGAAGAGAGGAGCAGAGCUGUCAACUGAUCACCACCUGGUGGUGAGUUGGAUCAGAUGGCGGGGAAGGCUGCUGGACAGAUCUGGUAAACCCAAAUGUGUAGUGAGGGUGAAUUGGAAAUGUCUGGCUGAGGACCCUGUCUGUGGGGUCUUCAACUCCCACCUCCGGGAGAAUUUCUCGUGCAUCCCGGGAGAGGUUGGGGACAUGGAGUCUGAGUGGGCCAUGCUCAAAGUCUCCAUUGUGGAGGCGACUGCUAGGAGCUGUGGUCAGAAGGUUGUCGGUGCCUGUCGGGGCAGCAACCAAAGAACCCGCUGGUGGACACCAGCAGUGAGGGAGGCCAUCAGGCUGAAGAAGGAGGCCUUUUGGGUCUGGCUGGCCUAGGGGUCUCCUGAAGCAGCAGACAGGUACCGGUUGGCCAGAAGGGCUGCAGCUGUGGUGGUCACUGAAGCAAAAACCCAGGUGUGGGAGGAGUUCGGGGAGGCUAUGGAGAAGGACUUUCAGUUGGCCUCAAGGAAGUUCUGGCAGAGUGUUAACCGACUCAGGAAAGGAAAGCAGGGCUUGUCUCAGGCUGUGCUCAGCAGAAAGGGAGAACUGCUGACCUGAAUUGGGGACAUCGUCGGGCGGUGGAAGGACCACUUUGAGGACCUCCUGAACCUGGCCAUCACGUCCACUGUAAAUGAGGCAGAGCCUGAAGACUCGGGGGAACUCUCGCCCAUAUCCCUGGCAGAAGUUGCUGAGGUAGUUAAAAAGCUCCCAGUGGCAAGGCGCCGGGUGUGGAUGAGAUUCGCCCUGAGAUGCUGAAGGCUCUGGGCACUGUUGGGCUGUCUUGGUUGACAAGCCUUUUCAGUGCCGUGUGGAGGUCGGGUAGAGUGCCUGCAGAGUGACAGACCGGGGUGGUGGUCCCCAUCUUCAAAAAAGGGGACUGGAAGGUGUGCUCCAACUAUCGGGGUAUCACACUGCUCAGCCUCCCGGGUAAAGCUUACUCCAGGGUGCUGGAAAGGAG